AUGGCAUCACAGAUAACCUUUGGCAGUUUACCACCUUGGCCUUUAGGGCCCCACGACAGUCCCAACCCAGGGGCAACCGGCACCCCAACGCCUUCGACUGCCACCAACCACACCAGUCUCGUUGGGUCCACCAGUCUUUCAAACGAGAUUUUUCCUCAGGGACCAGACACAUCAACUCCAGCUGGUCAAACUGCUGAGUUGUUCAGACGGGUACUAACUACUCCCUCAACUCCAAGCUUGUCGGUCCGAUCCAACCCUGGUGACCUCUCACUUCCUCCCCCACUUGACCUUCCUGGUCUUCCCACCCCCUCCGGUACCACUGUAACCAAGCGACCUCGCAAAAAACGCGCCUCUCGUGCUCAAACCGGAUCCGUGGCUGCAGUACCCACCACCUCAGUGGAUGUUCAAAAUCAUCGCUCACCUACCCCUGAAGUCGACCUCACUAGGUUCCAGGGCCGUCAAAAGCGAUCAAAGCUGUCUUCUGAAACCAUGGAGCAAGUCAACCAACAAUCACUUGAUCAGCUCCGCCGAACUGUUGCCAAGGACCCUGAAUAUCUACGACUCACGGUUUCUGACAAACUUCAACUCGAUGCAGCAUACCGUGCAUAUCAGUCUGCUGUCCAUCGGAUUGCAAUCGAGAACAAGCUUCACAUCAAACCUGUGUUGGAUUACCUCGGCAAUGAAGCUCGGAUCCGAGGACCCUCGUGCUACAACAACUUUUGUAAGUACGACCCUGUUGCUGGGGCAAUCAAUCGUGAUAAAACGAUACCUUCCAAGGAGCAAGCCUCCCAGUGCGGCGCACUCUGGAGACAGCUCACUCGAGAGGAGCAGGCCCAAUGGAAAGAUCAGGACUUUCUUGACUCGUUUCCUGCUCACAAUGAACCGGAAUCCACCGCGCCAGAUGCUAGCAAUAUGACCGAGUCGUCUUCUCCUGCACGUCUCCGAAAUCUUAGUACUGCUCAUCAAGUUGAGGGGUAUUUGGUCCUCGCAUCGCGGGACCCCAUUAGACCUGUUCUGCUGACUGGUGGCAGCCAUAUGGCUGAGGAGUUCCUCGACAUCCUAGCUUCCGAUACCAAUCAGUGCAACUCUUUCUUCAACUUCGUUAGUGGGAAGCAGGCUGUUAAGGAUGUUUCGGGCCGAUACCCCCCUUCGAUCAAUCCAAGGAAGCGACGUCGCGGUGUUGAUGGUGACGAUCCCAACUGUCCACACGAUCUAGGGAGCAAAAAGGCUAAUGCCGCUGAAGUUCGCAAAUUGCUCCGAGAGUCGUUGAGUAAAGCCACCCACGGUGCUUGGCAAAAUGGCUGGCCAGGUACCAAAACCGCUGCAAAGUUGCGCAAACUUGGUGUAACCCUCUCGGUUCAAGACAAUGAUCAAAACAUCACUGCAGCCGAUUUCUGCAAACGACCAUCAGACAUGUUUAUCGGCCAAACACAGAGAAUUCUCUUGGCAUUCUCCAAAGGAUGGGUCAAGAUUACCGGUCCACCUCAGCCAGACCCUUCUUCGAUUGGUCUUGAUCCGAACGAGGACGACGACAUCGAAAGUGGAUUGGAGGUCAACGAAGCCACCUCAAGCCGACCAAAGAAGGCCCUCCCCAAGAGAAACGCACCUCCAGCCAAGAGGGCUGCAAUCACAACCGCCAAAGCUGUCUAUCCUAGGGUAGGCAAGAUUAGACAGCCACGUACGGUGCGUAAGAGGCGGAACACCUCACCAAGUAGUUCUUCAGAGGAGGAGGAGGAUCGAUACUCCACUGACUCAUCAUCCUCUGAAACCACACAUGAUUCAUCGCAUGAUGGACAUUCUAAUCAGGAAUAG